AGAAAUUGCCUACCACAUGAUCCCCAUCAUUGAGAAGGCUGGUGGUGCUGUUCUAGUCCGAGCCCCAGUUAACCGCAUCCUGUUCAAUGACGCCAAGGAUGCGUAUGGUGUGAGCGUCAUGAAAGGCCAGGAGGAAAUUCAUAUCCAUGCCCCUAUGGUCAUCUCUAACGCUGGGAUCUUCAAUACCUAUCAGAAGCUGCUGCCCAAAGAGCUCCAGGCCAUGCCAUCUAUCCAGGAGCAGCUGAGUAUGAUGAAGAACGGUGAAGGUGGCCUGAGUGUUUUUCUGGGUCUGAAUGGAACUAAGGAGGAGCUGGGCCUGAAAGCAGACAACUACUGGAUCUUUUCUGAGAACAAUUUUGAUGAGCUGGUGGAAAACUAUUUGAAUGGAAAGAGGGAAAAGUCUGCUAAAAGUGUUCCGCUCCUGUUCGUCGCAUCUCCGUCGGCUAAAGAUCCGACCUGGGAGGAAAGAUCCCUGGGGAAAUCUACCUUGAGUCUGGUCAGCUUCGCCAAAUACGAGUGGUUUGAGGAGUGGAAGGAUGACAAAGUGUCAAACCGAGCGCCUGACUACAAAGAGCUGAAACAGGCGUUCAUUGACUCUGUUCUGGAGGUGGUUCUGGAUGUCUUCCCCAAGAUAACCAGAGACAAGAUUGAGUUCGUUGAUGCUGGAACCCCCAUCACAAACACACACUAUAUCGGAGCCCCCAAAGGUGAAAUCUACGGAGCCGAUCAUGGCAUCGCCCGCUUCAGCCCUGAACUCAACGCUACAAUAAGACCUCAGACUCCACUGAAGAACCUCUAUCUCACAGGUCAGGAUGUGUUUCUGUGUGGCUUUGCCGGCGCUCUCGCUGGAGCUCUCACCUGUGGCUCGGUUAUUCUCAACCGCAACCUCCAUCUGGAUGCCGUCGCCUUGGCAAAGAAAACAAAAUCCUUGAAUGCCAAAUUGAAAGGGGAGUAAUUGCCCUCCAACAUUCAGCUGAGUGACCGUUCUACAACAUACUGUAUCAGCUUACAUCGCACUCACAAAAAAAAGAGGAAAAAACGAGGCUCAUAUCGGCCCCAGAACAGAGACUCCCAGAUUUCAUCUACCAAAUGACCUGCUUUUUGCGAGAAUAAUGCAGAACGUUUCCACACCAACAUACACAACCUGUGCUUAUACUUUAAAAUAUGCAUACCUACAUUUAUGCAAUGUAAGAUGUGGAAUGUUUCCACAGUCAACCUACACUUAUCAACGCUAACAUGACAUUAACUGUUGAUUUUAAAUGCGAAUGUUGAAAUUCAUAUCCGGCUUGUUUUGAAGUUAACACGAAUUCGUUGCCUGAGGUGUUCUGGUUUGCAGUAUGUAACGUGUUUCCUCCCUUUUUAACAUUAAAGGGUACAAACAGUGA